CCAGACUUUUGUGCAUGGGUCCUGGCCCCGAAGUCCGGGAAUGGAUGCCCUCCCAACUCCCAGCGACUCCCCUCAUUGCAGGCCCUUGUUGCAGCCGCCCAGUGGGCGGUGCCAGGGCAGGUUUCAGGCUAUAAAGGGCUCUUGGCUCCCUGGGUCUGAGGGAGCGCCAUCUCUGCGACAGUGUCCCUGCCAGCCACGGCCAGCCCGGGGCCCUGCCCAUCGCCCAUGGCCAUCGAGCAGGCUCUUCUUUUGAGCACAGCUGUCGGCUGCGCUCCUUGACCUUCUACCGAUCGGCAAGUCCAUUUUCAGAUUGCUCUGGACUGGAUUAGGACAUCUUUUUCCUCCCUCUCUUCGAUCACCUCGCAGCCUUCAGACCCCUUCUCUCGGCCCCAUCUCCUGGGUUUCUCCGAGGGGUGCCAGGACCCCCGGCCGGCCGCAGCUUCCCCUCCCCCGUCACUCUGGUCCGGCCCUCCCCUCCCCCUUCGCGGCCCGCACAGCCAAUCCCCCGAGCGGCCGCCAACAUGCUCUUUGAGGGCUUGGAGCUGGUGUCGGCGCUGGCCACCCUCGCCGCGUGCCUGGUGUCCGUGACGCUGCUGCUGGCGGUGUCGCAGCAGCUGUGGCAGCUGCGUUGGGCGGCUACCCGCGACAAGAGCUGCAAGCUGCCGAUCCCCAAGGGCUCCAUGGGAUUCCCGCUCAUCGGAGAGACGGGCCACUGGUUGCUACAGGGUUCUGGCUUCCAGUCGUCGCGCCGGGAGAAGUACGGCAACGUUUUCAAGACACACUUGCUAGGGCGGCCGCUGAUCCGUGUGACCGGUGCGGAGAACGUGCGCAAGAUCCUCCUAGGCGAACACCAGCUAGUGAGCACCGAAUGGCCGCGGAGCGCUCGCGUGCUGCUGGGCCCCAACACGGUGGCCAAUUCCAUUGGCGACAUCCACCGCAACAAGCGCAAGGUCUUCUCCAAGAUCUUCAGCCACGAGGCGCUAGAGAGCUACCUGCCCAAGAUCCAACUGGUGAUCCAGGACACACUUCGAGCCUGGAGCAGCCAGCCUGAGGCCAUCAAUGUGUAUCAGGAGGCCCAGCGACUUACCUUCCGAAUGGCGGUGCGUGUGCUGCUGGGCUUCAGCAUCCCUGAGGAGGACCUGGGCCACCUCUUCGAGGUAUACCAGCAGUUUGUGGAGAAUGUCUUUUCUCUUCCUGUGGACCUUCCCUUCAGUGGCUACCGAAGGGGCAUCCAAGCUCGGCAGAUCCUUCAGAAGGGCCUCGAGAAGGCUAUCCGUGAGAAGCUGCAGUGUACCCAGGGCAAAGACUACUCGGAUGCCCUGGACAUCCUCAUUGAGAGCAGCAAGGAACAUGGCAAGGAGAUGACCAUGCAGGAGCUCAAGGACGGUACCCUGGAGCUGAUCUUCGCAGCCUAUGCCACCACCGCCAGUGCUAGCACAUCCUUGAUCAUGCAGCUGCUGAAACACCCUGCUGUGCUGGAGAAGCUGAGGGAGGAACUGCGGGCCCAGGGUCUGUUGCACGGUGGCGGCUGCCCCUGUGAAGGCACCCUGCGCCUGGACACGCUCAGCAGCCUGCGCUACCUGGACUGUGUCAUCAAGGAGGUCAUGAGGCUCUUCACGCCCAUCUCUGGUGGCUACCGUACUGUGCUGCAGACCUUCGAACUGGAUGGUUUCCAGAUCCCCAAGGGCUGGAGUGUCAUGUAUAGCAUCCGAGACACUCACGACACAGCACCCGUGUUCAAGGACGUGAACGUGUUUGACCCUGACCGCUUCAGCCAGGCGCGCAGUGAGGACAAGGAUGGCCGCUUCCAUUACCUCCCAUUUGGCGGUGGCGUGCGGACCUGCCUGGGCAAGCACCUGGCCAAGCUGUUCCUGAAGGUGCUGGCGGUGGAGCUGGCCGGCACCAGCCGCUUCGAGCUGGCCACCCGGACCUUCCCUCGCGUCACUCUGGUCCCUGUCUUGCACCCUGUGGGUGGCCUCAGCGUCAAGUUCUUUGGUCUGGACUCCAAUCAGAAUGAGAUUCUGCCCGAGACAGAGGCCAUGCUGAGCGCUACAGUGUAGCCUCGCUCUGGUCUCAGCCCAGCCCAGCAGAGGGGUAGGGGAUAGAGACAGAAACCUGUGGGGUGGGGAGGGGCUGGAUGGGAGGCCAGCAGCCCCCUAUGAUUUCCUCCUCUGGCCUCCUCUCCAGCAAACCCUCUCCUAAUACAAAAGGGCCCCGCCCCCUCCUGACUCCCACUCUCUUGGAUCUCCACUGCCCCCUAGCUUAGCUCCCGGGACAGGGCCAGGACAGGGCUCUGUGUGCCCAUGACAGUGUUAGCGCCAGUUGGCUGAGCGGCAGAAUAUGCUUAUGACCUUCUGAACGCUCCCUCUCUUUAUCCCCUUCUCUUUUUGUUGGUGGUCUGGUGGUUGUGAAGGCAGGAGGGAAGAAAAUAGGGGGGCCCUUGGAGCACUCUUUGGCACCCUGCACCCCCCCCCUCCUGUAACUGCUCAAAUGAUGUCCAGAACAGCAUCUUGGGGAUUCUCACCUAAGUCAACCUGGGCAGCGCAGGAACUGCCACCAACCUUGAGGGUGCCCUGUACCAGCCUAACCAGUUUGGACAUUGGAAAUUACCUAUUGCUGCUAUUUGUUCUCUCUUCUGAUCUUGGGGUACAGGGGCCUAUAGGCUUAAUCCCCAGCAUCUUCCUUGGUGGCCCUGGGCAGGCACACUGGCACUCCUCUCCCAUGGGACCCACUGAGCCAGGUGGUUUUUGGCUAUAGCUGGACUCCCAGCUGCCCACCCCUGCCCCCGAGCCCAUAUUUAUUCACUGACCUUGGCUACACUGAGGUCUGGAGCACACGCCUGCCCCCACACAGCUGCCAGCCUCUGGCCUAGCUGUCCUUUUCAGGGCUUAUGUGAGGCAAGAAGACAGAUCUCUGGUCUAACCCAGAUCCCUGGUGAAGGUUAACUGCCCUCCUGAGAUCCAGGCAAAUAUUCAGUUUAACCUCAGAGUCAGACACCCAGCAUCUCUGCCAGGUGUUUUUUUUUUUUUUGUUUUUUUGUUUUGUUUUUUUUUUUUUUUCACCUCCUCCUGUCUGUCAAAGUCCUGGGCUUGUGCAUCUGGGGGCCACCACUUCCUGUUCGCUCACUGCCUGUCCCAGUGCCAGCCACCCCCCCAGUGAGGAUGUGUAAGGAUACGGGUUCUUCUGAAGGGACUUCUCGCCUUCCCUUCCUUAACCCUCACUCUCUGCCCCUUUGCUCUUGGGAGAGUCCCCCACCCCACCCCCAUCCUGCCCCCCCCCCACCCCCAUGCCACUGUCUGCUAAGCCCUGCUCAGGGUGUGGGGCAGCCAUGAAAGCGGAGAGGUAAGGUAGAGAGAACCCUCCCUCUGAAAUGCCUCAGGCCCCUGCGGGGUCUGGAGACACUCCAGGGGAGGCUACAGAAAGCCAUGGGGAAGGAGAGGAGGAAGGAGGAAGAGGACAGGCAUGAGUGAGUUUUGUCAGAAGUGGUUCAGUUGCAGAGAGGCCAGUGGGGAUGACUGGGGGACGGGCAUUUUGAGGACUGGCUACCUAGGACCCCUCCUGGGAAGAGUGUGGGGCUCUGGCGAGUCUCUUGGCAAUUUCGUCUGUUUUCAGAUCCCUAUUUGCCUUUGUUUCCAUCCAUUGCUUUUGCGUGUUGUGAAGGCAAUGGUCCUCUUCACAGGAAAAUAAAAACACAGAAUGACAGCCCACAUCAACUUGACCCUAGACGGCCACUGUCACGGAAAUUCAGCCACAUCUCACCAGCCACACAGGAUGUCUGUCCUAUGUAAGCUGUGCUUCCCAAACGUUUCAGUGGCCUCCUGCGUUUUCCUGACAGAACCCAAACAAACAAGACCAUUAGAACAGACGUUAGCAGCAAAAUUAAUGUGAAAUUAAAAAUAAGUGUAAUCCCUCCAUUUCCUUUCCCAGUUCUGAAACAGACCAAAAUGUGUAAAGACUCAUCAAAGCGUAGGACAUAGGUGCAUGCUGCCCCACAAACCAGCUCAGUGCCUGGAAGGGUCAUUUUCCUGCACGCUAACCCUGCUUGCCUGUUUCAGACUGAAGAUGUGGCAUGUCAUAACUCUGGCCCUGGUGAGGGGCAGGGAGACUGGAGGGCCCCAGCAGGCUUCAGGGGCCUUCCCUUUCAGGGGGCCAGCCCAGGAGGCGUGGAGAAGGAAAAGCUGAGAGGGAUCCGUGUGAGGGUAGAAGGGAGAAAAGAUGGUCUGCCUGGGUGGGUCUCAAAGGUAACAGGCGAAGGGGCCUAGGCCGGGCGCCUGCGGGCGACACCUGUAUCACCUCUGUAGACGUGUCUGUUCCGUGUUCGUGUGUUUCAUUGUGGUAGCAUUAAUGGGUGAUGUAUUCUCACAUUCCUAACUAUUGUAACUUGACAUUAAAAAAUUAAACCCCACAAGACUUCCUGCCACGGGCUUGCAGAUUGAAGCACUUUCGAAGUUAGGCGCUGGCGUGUGCGUUCUGGGCAACCAUUUUGACCCUGCCCAGAUUUCUAUUAUUUUAUACACAAAACUUUUUUUUUCAUAAAUGUUAUAAUUUUGUGUCUGUCUUUAUAAACUAUUAUAAGUACUAUUUUUGUUAUAAUUCAAAAUAGAUAUUUAGUAUAAAGUUUUUUGCUGUUAAAUAUUUGUUAUUUAGUAAAAUAUGAAUUGUUCUUUAUUGUAAACAUGGUUCAAAAUAUUAAUAUGUUUUUAUCACAGUUGUUUUAAUAUUGAGAAAGCACUUGUGUAUUUCGUUUUGGUAUGAGCUGGUGCCGUGUGUGUGUUUUGAUUGUCGUGUGGUUUUGAUGUGUAUAUAAUAUUCCAUGUUGCAUAUUACAACAAUGAAUGUCAUGCAUUUUGUGAAAUACUCAAUGUGGCUCUUUUAUUGGCUUCCAUAAUAAACUGUGGGGACUCAC